AAGAGGACUGGUGCGAUACGAUAGGUCGAUGGCGUGCACGGCACUGGCACCACCUACGGCCGGCAUUGUCAGCGCAAGCCGAGUGGUGCUGCCGGCAUUCUGUCCUUCUUCAACGAGUGCCUUUGUUGCCCUCUCUCAGCAACAACAGCAGCAGCUACCUCGCAGCAGUCGAGCAGCAGCGCGCAAAUCCGCGCUAGCUAUUCCCAAUGGUAGCAUCGUUGGGACGACGAGGAAGAGAAGGGGUCGUCGAUCGGAACUGCGGUGCGGCUUGACACGCCUCUCCGGGGAUGCCGGACACAUGGUCCUUCCUGUCCUGGCCACGCGUGACCAGUGGUCGCACUACUGGGGGGGUUCCGACGUCCCAGCGGGUGGGCAAGCUUUUCGAGGUGGCCGCGGUGGCCUUCCUAGGGCUGUGGGCGUGCUACUUCGCCAGCUUUUUCUUGGGAGUGGCGACGAUGACCGUGAUCGGAACGUCCUUCCUCUUCUACUGGCUGCUGGCGCCGAACGUGACCUCCUUCCGACGAAAUCGGGCGCUUAAAGGGAGCAUCGCUCCGUUUCCCGGGGCGAGGGGCAACUCCGUUGCCAUCUUCAGUGCUCGUGUGGCUAGCGCGGUUGAAGAGUACCACCCGGUCACCGGGCAGCCCGUGUUCCUACGCAUGGUGAUCGAAGACGAGGACGGCCGCGCGCUCAAGUUUCGGACGCGCACGAGGGCGGAGUACGCCCGCGUACGGCCGGGCAUGGCAGCCGAGGCAAUCCUGGUGAGCCCGGACGAGCGUUUCGAGGAGAUCCUGGGGGUGUCGGACACCUUCAUCCCGGCCGCGAACGUGUGGGUGGGCGAGUACCCUUACCUUGACAAGGUUGUGAUGCGGCGAUUAUUAGCGUCCCGCGACCUGAAGAGGAGGAGGCAGCAGCAGCAGCGGAGGGACGCCGACGAAGACGAGGAGCUGGACCCGAUAACCUACCGCGACUCGUGGACACAGACGCGGCCGCUGGAAGACGACCCCUCACGAGGAGGAGGAGGAGGAGGAGGAGAAACCGGCUUCUCGGCGCCGCCAGCACACGCGGGAGAAGGAGAAGCUGGCCUUCCGAACGGCGGUGCUGGGACGGUGCUACCAGAUUUCGGUGCCUACUUCGGAGAAAGCGAGGACGAGGAACCCUACUACGAGGGCGUGGGAUCGUCGGGAUUUUCGGGGGCCGAACGAAGAAGGGCGGUGGCCGCCGGAGAGAGGUCAGCGGCGGGGCGCGGUCGCAGCGACGGCCAGCAGCAGCAGCAGCAGCAGCAGCAGCAGUGGGAGCGGGUGUCAGGGAAACCCAGGCCGCGGCGGCGGCCGCCCGCUGCGGCAACAUCGCCGUCGCGAAGGUUCGAAGGACAAGGGGGAGGAGGUGGUGGUUACAGCGAAUCCGGCGGCCGUCGCGUGCGAGGAGGGGCGAAGGACGCCGGGAGGGGGGGGGCGGAAGGCGGCGCGACGACGCGGUACGGUGAAACGUCGGACGACUCCCGGAUGGCGGCGGGUCGCAAAGAACAGCGGUAGUUGAAGGCGCGCUGGCGUCGAGCGCCAACAAGCGUGAAGUUUAAACGGUCGUGAUGUAGAGGAGAUGGAGCGAGCUUUUAACUCAAGCGUUGUACUUAAGCGAGGAGAUGUUCGGGGUAUCCUUGUUCG